AUUUAAGUGAAUUUAGUGGCAAGCAAAUUGUAAAGCAAAACCAAAAGUUAUAGCAAAAAAUAUAAUUGCGAAUCUAUUAAAAACAACAACAACAAAGUAUGAAAAUAUAUAUUAAGCAAAAAUACAACAACAAACUUAACGGUGUUAGUGCAACAAUCAAUGAAAAACAAUAACAACUUGGUUCGCUGCGCAAAAAUAAGCCAGAACACAACAACAAAUUCAAGUGAGUUAAAAAUACACUGGAAAAUAUAAGUGCACACACACAUCCACAAGCAUUCAUCCAAUAAUUGUGUUGCAUGCUAAUUGCCGCUGUUUGAUUGCUGACGAUUUUAAUUGGAGUUUAAGUUAAUGGAUUACCCGCACACACACACGUACGUCACUAAUAUUAUUGGAUUACUUGCGUUAUGGCUGGAGUAUUAUGAAGAGGAUUACAACGUGCUGAAUUGAUAUGUGGAAAUUUUCAUCACAAAAAGUCAUUUCGCAACGGACUAACGCGGGAACUGCAACCUCCUGUAUAACUAACCAAAAAACUAUAAUUAUACACAUACACACACUUCGUCUACAACAUAAGUAAAGCGAUAAAUACAGAAUUUUGUACGAAAAUUCCAAAACUCUUAUAAAAAACUGCAGUAAAAAAAUCAAUCAAAAACCAAAACAAAAACACACAAAAUGAACGUGCAACUAGCGCAACAAUCAGCAGCACACACCAGCAGAAAGCAUUGCAACAACAGUAGUACUAGCAUUAGUCGUAUUAGUAACAACAAUACUAACAACAACAUGAACACCACCGUCAACACACAAUCACAACAGCAACAACAACAGCCAGCCAAUAAUCGCACAAUGUCCACAGCGGCGACGUCGACGCCGACGCUGUCACAUCGAACACAAAGUCCCGCUAUAGUGCCGCCGCUGCCCACCGCCACAACAUCUGCGGCCGCCUGCACAGCGACGACAGCGCCAAUGCGCAGCGCGCGCAGUCCCUCACCAGACGGCACACAGGACUACGAUGUGACGCGCAUGCGCGAGGAGGACUUCGAACGGCUGGCCGUUUACAUAGUGCCCGAUGUGCAAUGUGAGCGUGGCAUAGCGAAUCGGGCUGAUCGCACGCUGCCACGCAGCCUAACACUGAAACCAUCGAUGGUUUUCUCAACGCCAAAUGUUAAGACUGAAGGAGUUUGGAGCACUGGUGUGAUACCGCGCGGCACACGUUUUGGUCCCUUUGAAGGCGUUCCAACUCCGAACUAUCCCAACGAUACGAAUAAGGCGCGCUAUUUUUGGCGGGUGCAGGAAACACGCCACAUAACCUACGGGAACAUUAAGAUCUUCAAAGAUGACUACUUCUACUAUCUGGACGGCUCGGAUCGUGCGCAAGCGAAUUGGAUGCGUUACGUCGCCUCCGCCUACAGUUUGUCGGUGAUGAAUUUGGUCGCCUGUCAACAUCAGGAGAACAUCUAUUUCUACACCACACGUGACAUAAUGCCCAACGAAGAGUUGAUGGUGUGGUAUUGUAAGGAUUUUGCACGACGGCUGGGCUACGAUGUCGAUCCCGAGCGCACGAUUUUCGGCGCAUGCAAGCAGGCUGUGGACGAUGAUGAAGACGCCGAGGCCGAUGCCGAAGAUGAAGAUGUAACGAGUAAUGCCCCAGCAACGAGCACAUUGCUGCUGAGCCAUAAAGCGAAAUUGCGUUCGAAUUCACCGUACUGCAUGCCAGCGCCCGAGAUACCACCCGAAGUGGCAUACAAUCACAUCACCUACGUGAUGGGACUGCCAAUGCCACCAUUAACGGCGGUGGUGGCGGGCAAUGCGACCACCGUUAGUCGACGCUCCAUUACGCCCAGUCCAUCACCACCCAGUUGCCGUGACGCCAACGCCAGUCAUAUGCCGCAGCAUUUGGUCGGACUGCCACACAUACAGCAUGCGCAGUCCACGCAGCGGCCGGGCGCACAUCAACUUUCGACACAACAACUUCCCGUCACACAGCUGCAACACCACCACCAACAAAUGCAACAGCAACAACAACAUCAGACGGUGUUGCAUCUGAAGCAGGAGCCGGGCGCGACGGUCAUUGUGCGCGAACGCUCGCCGGCGAACAGCGAGUGUGGCACGAAGGAGGCGAAGGAUGUGGCGGGUUCGCCGUUGCCACACAAAGACACACACUACGAACAUCAGCUGACGCCAAACGACGGAAGCGUACGUUCGGUGCGCUCCGAUGAGGGCUACCAUAGCAACGAGUAUCACGAGGAUGGACUGACGCCACCCGAGGACUCGAGCGAUAGCGAGAGUGAGCACAACUACGUAUUGGACUGUUCGAAGAAAGCGAUUGCGCCAAAAGAGACUGUCAUCACUCAUCCGCAGAAAGCGGCCGUGGCUGCAGCUGUGGCCGCGGCAGCCGCUGCGGCAAACAGUAACAGCAACAACAAUGCGACUGUUAACAGCAACUGUGCCACAGCCACGUCAGUGACACCCGCAGUGGUCUCGUCCGCUGCCGGCGCUAUGGAAUGCGUUGGUGGUGGCGAUAAGAACGAGUAUCGCAAGUUCAAGGUGAAAAUGCCGCUGAAAUAUGAAUUCAAGAAUAGCAAAUGCGCCAUUAAGACUGAGGCCAUGUGCCACCUAAAUAACACAAACAAUAACAAACAGAAUACCAGUGACGAACUGCCCACAGUUGGUGCCACAUCCAGCGAAGAUGAUUUGCUGGCGGCCAAUGAAGCCACACCCGCUUGUACAUCCUCAACACAGCUAGACGAUGAAGCGAUGGAUGUGGACCAUAUGCCUGGUUCAACGACGCAACAACAACACGCUUCAAGCACCGUCAUCAUGGUGGACCGUAGCCUUAAUAAGAGCAACGGUCAUGCGACACGUACCAUUGUGCCACUGAACAAGGCGUACUAUGAAGCUGAGACCACCACACCACCACCACUACCACCCACAGCCACACAAUCAGCGUCGACGGCUGGUGUUGCCUACAUGCGCUUCACGCCACCCUCCUCCAGCAUACUCGAAACCAUAUUGACGGGUCAGCAUCGGCUGGAGGCCGCAGCCGCUGCGGCGGCAGCUUGCCGUCAAGCCAAUGCGGCCACACCGCCACCUUCAUCACCCACAGAGAUGGCUUACUCCUAUAAGAAAUCGCACCGUUAUGGCAAUGCAGUCAGUCCUGACUCGAGCUCCAACCUAGCACAGGCGCCUGAUAUGCAUGCAGCAGCGCUGCACGACACCGAAAUGCUAAUUGCAUCGUCCCGUGGCAGUCUGAAGGACGACUGUUCGCCACCGCCAGCACCGGGCCAUGAUGUGAAAUUCUCGCCAGCGCAUGUUGCGCACAGCGCCUUCGUCUCGGAUGGCCAUCAAACGCCGCCAUACUCCGCGUACUCACCUUAUUCCAGCGGUAGCGUGACUGGUGGCGCGCCAGGUGGCGGUCAUCCACUCUCACAUAUGCCCACAUCCACCUUCCACUCGCCGCCACAUAGCUCACACUCACCCUUCGAACGUCAAUGGGAUGGGUCCAGCGGCUCCACACCCAAUCUGCACCUACUGCAGUCCAGCUCACAGAUGCUAAUGAAACCUUUGCGCAUUUCACCGCCCAGCAGCCUGAGUCCCGAUGGCAAUUCGUGUCCGCGCAGCGGCAGUCCACUCAGCCCGAACUCGUUGGCUGCGCGCGGCUACCGUUCACUGCCAUAUCCGUUGAAGAAGAAAGACGGCAAAAUGCACUAUGAAUGCAAUGUGUGUUGUAAGACCUUCGGCCAGUUGAGCAAUCUCAAAGUGCAUCUGCGCACACAUUCCGGCGAGCGGCCGUUCAAAUGCAAUGUCUGCACGAAGAGUUUCACACAGCUCGCGCAUUUGCAGAAGCAUCAUUUGGUGCAUACCGGUGAAAAGCCACAUCAGUGCGACAUCUGCAAAAAGCGUUUCUCGUCGACAUCGAACUUGAAGACCCACCUGCGCUUGCACAGCGGUCAAAAGCCGUACGCUUGCGAUCUGUGCCCACAAAAGUUCACACAGUUCGUGCAUCUGAAGCUCCACAAGCGCCUGCACACCAACGAUCGGCCCUACGUCUGCCAGGGAUGCGACAAGAAAUACAUAAGCGCAUCCGGCCUACGCACUCACUGGAAGACAACGAGCUGUAAACCCAACGAUCUGGAGGAGGAGCUGGCCAUGGCCGCGGCGGCAACCUCAGAGUGUUUAGAUAAAUACGUGCCUGAGCCCGACUCGCGCGAGGCCUUCGAGCAUAUGCAACAACAAAUGCAUCCACAUCUGCGUCACCUGCCACCCAGCAGCGGCGGCGCGUGCAGCCACACCAACGGUGCCGUUCGUCCGACAUCGCCACGUCUGAUUUCCAUCAAUCCGCUACAUCAACAACAAACACAACAACAGCAAUCGCACGCGCAUCUGCAGCAGCAGCACGCCGCCAUGCUGCAACAGCACGCGGCAGCGGCGGCUGCCCAACAUUUAUCCGGCGCCGCAACGAAUCCCAACGCCGCCGCCAGCAUGUUGCUUGGCUCAACCGCGCAACAACAACAACACCACCACAGCUUACAACAGCAGCAGCAACAACACAUGCAACAACAACAACAACAGCUGCUGCAGCAGCAACAGCAACAAUCCCAUCCACUGAAAGCCAGCCUCAAACAGCAAAUGCAUUUACAACCACCGGGCGCCGCCAACAGCAGUGGCGCUGGCGCGGUCAACUCCCCACCCGGUGUUGCGCCAAACGACGCCUACAUGAGCGUCUCGCACGCGCACGCUGCAGCAGCAGCAGCACAUGCCGCGGCCGCAGCCGCAGCGGCGGCGGCUCACGCAGCGGCAGCUCAUCAGCAUGCGCAGAAUCAGGAGUCGCGUCCGUCGGUGAUCGAAUCCAGUCAGCCGAUGAUCAUCGAGUGCACGUAGAGCGCGGUUGGCGGCCACUGAAGUGCUAGCAAAAACAAAAACAGUAACUAAUAUCAAGGUGAAAAGUUGCGGUUGAGGUGCGCGGGCGAACACGUGACGGUUUGCAUAGCAGUUGAGUUGAGCGCUCAAUUGCAUUGAGUGUAAAUGGUAUUAUCACUCAUUGAUUUUACCCAAAAGCGCUGACGUAGCUGUGGCAGCUCUGAGCUGGAAUGUCUCACAAAACCAAGAAACAAACAACAGUGCAAUAUGAAAAUGUGAAAGCUCACUUCGUGGCGCUUUUGUUAAAUGGCGUGCUUUCAUUUUCGAUUUGUCGGAGAUGAGCGCUUUUACACGUAACACAACUGAGCUAAGAUGGAAAACUAAAACUUUAAUGGUAUUAUUAAUUUAAUAGUCGACAACGUCAUUUUAAUUAAUUAGUGAUUUUAUUGAUUGGUCUAUGUAGCUAUAAAUAAUUACAAGCAAUUAGUUAAAAUAUACAUUUAAUCAUAAAAAAAUUAUUUAACUCAAGUUCAAAGUCACUCGCUUCAUACAGUUUCGAGUGCAUAUUAGAGUUCGAGUUGUAGUUGAAAUAAAAAAAUUUUCAUUUCUUGAAAAGAUCUCAAAAUUGGCAGCCAAUUACUUUGCACAAAAUAUUUUUUAUUAAAAAAAAGAUGAAACAAAAUUCAAAAAUAUUCAAAACUUCUUUAUGUGAACCGAAAGUGGUGUAUAUAAGUAACCGCGAGUUUUAUACGUGGCAAAUUAUGCAUUUUAAAUAUCAAAAUAACAGCAAAAGAAGUAACAAAUCUACAUAGUAUAUUUCUAAAUUACAUUUAUAAUCAGCAUUGUACUAAAAUAAUAUUAACUGAACAAAUUUAAAUAAGUAUGCUAGCGAAAGCGGAGAACUGUUGGAGAAAACAAGUUGCCUUAUUUUGAUUUAGAACUGCGUGUUUUGCGGUAUCAUGCUGAACUUCGACAAACUUUGUGUUAGUAAAUUGAUAAGUGCGGAUAUUACAACAAAAUUGAGUUGUUUUAAAAAAUUAGUGAAAGCUUCAAGGAUUUAAUGCGUGCGUGUAAGCUCUACUGACAUGAAUGAAAGCAUUUUGAGCUGAACUAAAAUUAUUUGGGCUUUGCUGAUAACAUUUCGAUUUGGAGGAAAAGUUUAUAUGAAAGCUCUAUAGGUUUUUGUUAAGGCUCACUAAGAUGUUUUUUUUUAAUUUUUUAGAUUUUGUUUAAAGCUUCUAAUUUAAACAGAUUAAAAAAAUUACGUGAAAGCUCUAUAGGUUUUGUGAAAACUCACUAUGAUAUUUUACAAUUUUUUUAGAAUUUGUUUAAAGUUUCUAAAUUUAUUAAAAGCUUAAAAAAAUUACACGAAAGCUUAAGAGAUUUUGUGAAAGCUUGCGCUAAUUUUUUUAAUUUUUGGCUUAUUCAAAUGAAAUUAUAUGGCAGGCCGAUACACUUUUGUGAAUGCUUACACUAAAAUUUUUAAAAUCUUACAAAUCGCAAUGUAGUAAAAACAGUUUUUAAAUACUGGGAAGAGUUUUCAACUUUUUUUGAAAGCUUUUACAACUUUUAUAAUUUAAAUUAAGACUUUUACGAAUGUUGCUUGGAAGUUGUCGUAAUUUUGGAUAGUUACAAAGAAAAAAGUUUUAACCACUGAAAGCUUUUGUUUUUAUGCAAAAGCGUUUUACAAUUUAGUGACAGCUUUUUAAAAUCUUGUGAAAUUUUUUGCAAACCGAUGAAGGAUUUUAUAAAUUUUUCGACAAUAUAGUAAAAUAAUUUCUUAAUAUUUCUUAAAUUUUGUUAAAGUUUUUAACGUAGAUAUAUUGUUUGAAAGUUGUAAUGACUUUACGAUAGCUAAAAAUUAAAAAAAAAAAAACUUAUUAAGUGAACACUUCCAAAACUCAAUGAAAGCUCUUUACAGUUUUUGAAAGCUUUUCUCAAUUUUGGCAAAAUAUUUUACAAUCUGUUGCAAUAAUUUUGCGACAGCUAUAAAUAAGUAAAACUUAGCAAGUGAAAGCUUCCAAUAAUUAGUGAAAGCUAUUUGCAAUUUUGGAAAGCUUUUUAAAUUUUUUGAAAUUUGUUUACAAACUAUUACAACAAUUUUGAGAUAGCUAUAAAUUAAAAGAAUUAAAAAAAUUAAAGCUUUCGAAAAUCGAUGAAAUUUUUUUUUGCAGUUUAGUUAAAGCUUUUU